UACUGAUCUGUUUCAGGUACUUUAGAUAAUAAACACACACGCGGUGAUGGUCUUCAGGGUGAAGGCUGUUAGCUGAACACCUGCGUGAUGUUCAGAUUCAAUCCUGAGAUCAGAAUGGCUCAUAUCACCAUCAAUCAGUAUCUCCAGCAGGUUCUGGAAGCCCUUGAGAACCGGGACGGCAUUUCCUGUGCAGAGCUUCUCUCUUUUAAACACCCGCACGUGGCUAAUCCCCGACUGCAGUUAUCCAGUCCGGAGGAAAAAUGUCAGCAGGUGCUGGAGCCUCCUUACGACGAGAUGGUCGCCGCACAUCUGAGAUGCACGUAUGCGGUGGGAAACCAUGACUUUGUGGAGGCGUAUAAAUGCCAGACGGUGGUGGUACAAUCGUUUCUCAGAGCGUUUCAAGCUCACAAAGAAGAAAACUGGGCUUUAAGUCUGAUGUUUGCUGUAACUCUGGAUCUGCGCAUAUUUGCCAACAAUGCGGAGCAGCAACUACAGAAGAAGGGCAAGGGGAAGGUCGGGGACAUGCUGGAGAAGGCAGCCGAGCAACUCAUGAGCUGCUUCCGAGUGUGUGCCAGCGACAAUCGUGCAGGGAUCGACGACUCGAAGAAGUGGGGGAUGCUGUUUCUCGUCAACCAGCUGUUCAAGAUUUAUUUUAAGAUCAAUAAGUUGCAUCUGUGUAAGCCUCUUAUCCGGGCCAUCGACAGCUCCAACCUCAAGGAUGAUUACAGCAUGGCGCAACGAGUUACCUACAAGUACUACGUGGGCCGUAAAGCAAUGUUCGACAGCGACUUUAAACUGGCGGAAGAGUAUUUGUCCUUCUCCUUCCAGCACAGCCAUCGCUCCUGCAAGAGGAACAAGCGUCUCGUUCUCAUUUACCUUCUGCCUGUCAAGAUGUUGCUUGGUCACAUGCCAACAAACCUGCUCCUAAAGAAGUAUGAUCUCCUGCAGUUUGCAGAUGUCACCAAGGCUGUGGGCGAGGGCAAUCUUUUGUUGUUGAACGAGGCUCUCGCCAAACACGAGACCUUCUUCAUCCGGUGUGGAAUCUUCCUCAUCCUCGAGAAACUGAAAAUUAUCACCUACAGAAACCUUUUCAAGAAAGUGUAUCUUUUGUUAAAGACUCACCAGCUUCCUUUAGAUGCGUUCUUGGUUGCACUGAAGAUGAUGCAGGUGGAGGACGUGGACAUUGAUGAAGUUCAGUGCAUCCUGGUCAAUCUUAUAUACAUGGGUCACAUCAAAGGCUAUAUUUCCCACCAGCACCAGAAGUUGGUUGUGAGUAAGCAGAACCCUUUCCCGUCCUUGUCCUCUGUAUCUUAAACUACAACUACCAAACUACGGUCUCGCCUGAGCCAAACUCAUUUGGAAUUGGAUCCAAAAUAGUUCCAGCAACAUUGUAAGCUCCAAAGAAAUAAAACAGUUGGCCACCAAUGAAGUAAAUUUAAGUUCAGUAUAUGUUUGUCACAUUCAAUAUGAUUUUUAACCAGUUUGUUUAAAAAAAUUGAAUAAAUAGGACCAUGUUUUUGAGGAAGAACAAGAACUGUAAUGAGAGUUUUCAAAUGAAACAGGAGUUUGAUUUUGGACAUUUUUUGCAAGGGAAAUAUCUGGACUUCUGUGGUUUUUCCAGCAGAUUUUUUUCUGAUUUGUUCUGUUAUACUUAUGAAUUGUUUUUAAUCUCUUUGUGUAAAAUAAACUGUUUUUGUACAUUU